CUCUCAAAUUUUGUUCUUGAGAAUGACUGACGCAAUGAGGAAACCACAUUUUGUUGUUGCCGUGACAUCGCGGGAUCGUGUAUUUUGAAUUAGGGAAGGCAAGCUCCGCAGCAGCUUUGAGAUUGAAUGCACCUGACUAAGCAACGCAUCGAGAAAACACAAAGUCAACGAUUGACUUGCUUGCUUCCCAACAUCCAUCUGGGUUUGCGCUUUCUGCGCCUACCUUUGUAGGCUCGGCUCUCACUUUGUGCUCGAAUCGCUGCUAUGGGCUCUUCGACUACUCCCAUAGAUCUCACUGGAAAUGAUGACGAGGAGAUGCAGCGCUCGGCGAAGCGGGCGCGGACGGGCUCCCUCUCGGCUACUCCUCCCGCGUCAACGCAGCAGCAGCAGCAGCAGCCGGGAUACGCUCCUUACUCUCAAUACCAGUCUCAGGGUGCAUCCACGCCGUACCAGCAACCGACUUCAUGGUCUUCACAACCUGCCCCAUCCCCAUACAAUAAUGGCGCCCCACCGCAAACUCCUUACGAUCCACAAGCUUAUUAUAGGCCAAGUCAAACGCCCCCUGUUACUUCAUCUCACGUAUCUCAACCCGUUAAAUCAUCAUAUUUCCCUGACAAUGCACAGUACGCUCAAACUCAACCACAGCAGCAAGCCUAUCUGCAACAUCCGCCACAACCGCCACCAUAUCGUCCUUCUCCAUCAACGGGCCUUAUUGACCCGGCAGGUGGUCCUCCACCUUCCACAGGUCAUUAUCAGAAUGGUGUCCCCAUGCCAAACCCAACUGCAGCACCGCCAAGAGAUAACCGGCGUGACGUCGUGUGUAUUGGUCAAGUGAAUGGCACAGCACUCGUCCUGUACCCUAUCCCAUAUAUCUCAUCCAAAGGCGACCCCCCUCGCCAUUACCCUGAUGACUUUGUUCCCGUACGGUUACGGUACGACGACGCGGCAAAAAAGCGCGCUAGACCUCCUGGUUCGGAUGAGGAGACGAUCCAAAUAACUACGCCACAGUUUAAGAGUCCCAAUGGAGAUGUUACAGGUGGUGAAGAUUUCGGAGUCGUUGAGAGCCGAAUAGCAGCUAUUCUUGGUCCUCUCAUGGCUAAAGUACUGGUUCGGCUCGAGUCAACCGUCAAACGCGUACCUGAAGGUGCAAAUGCCACCAUACUUCCCAUUCGCAUCCUUGUCUUCACCCCCCGUGGUAAUGUUAAAGUUGUGGCCCAAUACUUGGCUUCGGGGAGUGUAAGCCUCGAGCACCCUUCCAUUAUGUAUAACCCCGCCAAUCACCGGGACAACCCACCAUAUGAGAACCCUCAUCAAGCGCAACCGGGGCAAAUAGGGAUAAAUGAGUAUGGUCGAUAUGCUCAGCAGAACCGGUGGCAGGGUCAAUCCGUAGUGGCGGGCAAAAGCGUGGAGGUCCAGAGAAGUCAGGUGGACGAGUUAUUCAAAGCACUUAGGAGUGAAGAGGACCUUCCCAAUACAGAGCCUGGUCCGAAUGUUUAUACAAAUCUAUAUCCUCACCAGAAGAAGGCUUUGACAUUCCUCCUGGAGCGCGAAAAGGAGAGAGAGACCCCAGGGAAGGCCGGGUGGUUAUGGCAACCUCGCAAGGAUACUUCGGGGAGAGUACGGGCCUGGUUCAACCCCGUCACUGGUAAGGAAAUUACAAAGGAGCCUCCGGAAGCUAAGGGUGGCAUCUUAGCAGAUGAUAUGGGUCUUGGGAAGACCAUAUCUGUCGUCUCUCUCAUGGCGAGGACAAUGGACUCGGCACGCGUCUUUGCGUACGGUCCGAUCCAGAAGAUCACCCUUCGCGUCAAUAAGGCUGCUCCUACUGCGGAACCUCCACUCACAGCUGCCCACUUUGCUGGCCAGGUGUGGGGUAUGCCAGAUUCUUCGUCCACACCCUUCGAGGAGUCGUCAAUGUCGAUAGACUCGGAUGGCACGGGAAAGAACGGAAAGGGCAAAGGAAAACGUGAAACCCAGAAGGAACUUGCCGAUGCAGCUCGUCAAGCACGUAUCAAAGCCAAGAGUCGGGCCACGCUCAUUAUCUGUCCGUUAUCUACGAUAACGAACUGGGAGGACCAGUUCAAAGAGCAUUGGGCGGGUGAGGUGGAAGUUGUGGGCGGGACAAGUUUGCCUCCUGCCAAUACGCCACCUGCUACUGUCACACAGAUAGAGGCGCGAGACCGUAGUCGCUUUACGAGGCUCAAGCUCUACGUCUACCAUGGAGCCGCCCGACGACCAGAUACGAAUUUCCUGGCUGAUUUUGAUGCUGUCAUCACGACGUACUCGACCCUCGCGACCGAAUAUUCAAAGCAAGUGAAGAGCACGGCGCUAUAUGAAGAUGGGGGGGACGACGAUGAGAGUAGCAGCGCGAGCAGUGAUUCAGACGAUGCAAGCGGGUUGAUCAUUAAGCUGAAGGAGAAAAAGAAUAAGGCAAAGAAACGGCCUCCUGGAGCGGCACUUGCUGCAGGCAUAGAACAGACCUCUCCGUUACAGCAGAUUCAUUGGUUUCGUAUUGUGCUUGAUGAAGCCCACUCUAUCAAGGAGAUUACUACCAUUGCAAGUCGCGCAUGCUGCGAUUUGGUGUCCGACAGACGUCUUUGCCUGACUGGCACGCCGGUUCAGAAUAAGCUUGACGACGUAUACGCUCUCAUUAAAUUCCUUCGUUUCUACCCAUUCGACGACAAAGCCGUUUGGUCCGAGUUUAUCGGUGGUCCUGCUAAAUUCGGCCAGCCUCUUGGCGUUGCUCGCCUGCAAACAAUCAUGAAGUUGGUAACAUUGAGGCGAACGAAGGAGACAACUGAUCAGUCAGGCAAAAAGAUUCUCAAUUUGCCUCCUCGCACGGAUGAAGUCCGAUAUCUUAAGUUUGACGAGCAAGAGAAGGAAGUCUAUGAUUCUUAUUACACGGAGUCGAAGGCCGAGUUCACUCAACUCCGCAAGACUGGCGAAGUUAUGAAGAAUUAUGUCGGGAUUUUGCAGAAAAUUCUUCGCUUGCGCCAGAUUUGUGAUCACUACGAGCUUGUCCAAGGCAAAGAUAUGAUGCCGUCUGGUCUGGAAGCCACCAUGGACUACAGUCAGAUUGUCGCCGCGAUCGCUCGCGAUGGUCUCACAGCAACGACUGCUACGUCCAUUUUCGCACUACUCCGUGAGGCUGGUACGGCACAAUGUGUUGAGUGCGGUAUGGACAUGGCAACUUCGGGCGGUGGGGCUCUCCUGGACGGCACAGAGUUCGAGGGGCCGAAGCCGAAGAUUAAGAAGGGCAGCAAAGGGUCCCGUGGGCCGACCCGAGCAAGCAGUCCCGCUGGUACUAGACCGGUCAUUACACGGUGUCAACACCUCUACUGUAUUGAAUGCUUCCGCCUGAGCAUAUGUCCGAACUGGCCAAAGGCGAAGACUGAGGUCAACCGUGCCUGCUCGAUCUGUCAGACGGAGUUGGCGCCGAUGACCGAUGCGGUAGAAGUCAGCCCUGACGGUCUGAUUCAAAGCGAGAUGCUUCCUAAGGCACGACCGCCCAAGAAAGAAAAGCGGCAGAAAGGCAGCAGUUUGUUGGGCUACAACUCUUCGACGAAGAUCAAGGCUCUCAUGGUCGACCUCAUGGCCACAUCUCAAUUAAACCCUUACUCAGGGAAUUAUGAUCCUCAUAUCGCCAGCGAGGUUCAGCAAACCGAUGCAAACGGGAAUGUUAUCAAUGAUGGUGAGACGAAGACAGUCGUCUUCUCCCAAUGGACCAGCAUGCUUGACAAAAUUGAAGAUGCGCUGGAAGAAGCGAAUAUUGUGUAUGACCGACUUGAUGGUACGAUGAAGCGAGAGGAAAGACAGCGUGCCAUGGAUGCUCUCAAGUAUGAUCCCAAGACUGAGGUUCUGCUCGUCAGUUUGCGAGCAGGUGGUGUGGGGUUGAAUCUUACGGCUGCUCGUCGCGUGUAUCUAAUGGAUCCUUACUGGAACCCCGCUGUCGAGAACCAAGCUGUGGAUCGUAUCCACCGGCUUGGACAAAGUUACCCGGUUAGGACAAUUAAAUUUAUCAUGGAAGAUUCCAUCGAGAAGAAAUUGCUUGAAGUGCAGGCCCGGAAAACCCAGCUAGCUAACAUGACUCUAGGCCAGCCCCUGAGCAAGGCACAAAUGCAGCAGAAGAGGUUGGAGGAGUUGACGGAACUUUUUGCGAAGUAGAUUCACACAAUUUAACUUAUUCCUCUCCCCCUUUCCCCUUCCCCCUUCUUGCUGUACCCGCACUCUUUAAGUUCGAAGUACUAGAAUGCCUAAUGCCUUCGUGAAACUGACGAACAUAACUGACAUUCAAUACAUCCCGAACACAGUACCGACUACAUGCGUUGAUUUUGUCCAGUCAAAGAUACAGCAGAAGCCCAUAACAAAGGUUAUAGAGAUACGCAUCUAUCAGAUUACAUUGAGGCUGUUUACCAAAUCCGAU